AUGUCAUCAAGAGGUCUCGAAGCCAUGGCUGAAGAUUUAUCCUCCGACGCCAUCUUCUUGAAUAAACUUAUGCCAAAACCAACUGCAGAAGCUGCACAGCCUCUCUCCAUGCAAGCUGCCGGAGGAGGCAAUCUCCACAUCCCAGGUAAAUGUGAGGGAAAUGAACAAGACGACGAUGACCAAGGCGCUAUUAAAAGCGAUGCUGCAGUUGAGACCAGUACUGGUGACACAUACCCUAUAGCAUACAUAUGCGAGGAUGGCAGUACAUGCAGAAUGAAGAAAACGUCGGAGGAGACGAAAACUGAACCCUUUCGGGCAAAGAAGACAACCAGCAAGAAUAAUAACGACAUGAACGUGGCAUAUAACGAUAGUUUCAAGGAAACUGACAGUAACAUGCACACGAAGGCCAGGGAUCAAAAUCCGAUGUACACACAAGGCACCAUGAAUCCUCCAAACGACAUUACUUUUAACUCGAUGUACACUCAAUGCACCAUGGACGUUAUUCCAAACCCGAUGUACACACAAAGCUCCAUGAACCCUCCUCCAAACCAAGUUUCUCGUAAUCCGAUGCACAGUCGAAGCAUCAUGACCCCUCUGCCAAACGAAGACAAUUCUAACCAGAUGUACACUCAAAGCAAAAUCAACCCUUCUCCAAACGACGUUACUCUGAACCCGGUGUACACACAAAGCACCACCAACCCUUCUCCAAACGACGAUACUCCUAACCCAAUGUACACACAAAGCACUAUGAACCCUCCUCCAUACGACGAUACUCCUAACUCGAUGUACACACAAAGCACUAUGAACCCUCUUCCAAACGACGAUACUCCUAAUCCGGUGUACCUACAAAGCAUCAUGGCCAUGGAGCCAGAUGUCAGCCCUGGACAAGCCUCCAAGUCAAACAACAGUGAUGGCAACUUCUGCACUCAGCCAUCAGCUGAUACACGUCAGCAAGGUGAUGAAGUCACCUUUAUACCUGCUACCAACGAUGGCAAACAACUGAAAAAUGGUGAUGAGGAAAGUGUCGUUGAGGCAGCAAACAAUGAGGACAUCAAGCCGUAUGCAGCUAAAUACCAGGAAGACGACGAACCCGCUACUGAGUCAAUUGGAUGUGAUGCUAUCCAGCCUUACGCUGUUAAAUACAAGGAACGUGAUACUACAGCUGAAAACGGACAAACAGAUAGUAUCACCUCUGAUGAUAUAGACAUUAACCCAUAUGCUUCCGCAUACAUGAACCAGGAUGUCAUAGCGGGUGGUACAACGUCAGGGGACAAUCAACCAACAGCGGCUCCAAACAGCAACAAUGAUGUCUUGGGCAACCCAUCGAGCAAUGAUGCAACAAAUCCUACUGAUGUUGUCAGUGAGGAAAGGCAACAUGUCCCGCAUGCGCUUCAUCCAAACCCGUUUUACGUGCCAAACGCCCAGCAUUCUGCAGAUUGGGAAUGUACACGUCAGCAGGUAUGCUCAGUUCCAACAGCGGUUACAGUCGUUGGUCUAUUCAUCGUCAGCGUAGUCUUUUUCUGGCUAUUCUUUGAUACCAACACACCAGCGCCAACAGUGACUGUGGAUACUACCUUUAUCUCUGGUCCCACUGGUGUCCCCACUCCACCGGCAGUCUUCAACAGCUCACAACAUGAAGAAAACCACCAGGGACCGACUGGAUGCUGCAGGUUUAACUCCUCAACGACGGCAGUCUCCAAUGGCGCCCAACCUGCAGCAAUCUGUAGGAGCCUGGUAGAAGCUAAGACCUUCCUACGGACGUAG